CUGAAUAUUGCAGGGAUGGCGUGGAGGUCAGCGAUUCUUAACCUACUAAAACAGUGGGGUUUAUCGCUCAAUGGCAAGGAUAAAAUCAAGGCACAGGAAGUAUCACGGGUGGUUGGAGCUCUGAAGAAAGAGACGGCACAACACAGGACGUUUACGCGUGGGAUUCAAACUGUUACUUUAAUCCCUGGUGAUGGAAUUGGUCCAGAGAUCUCCACUGCUGUCAUGAAGAUAUUUGAAACAGCUAAAGCACCAAUUCAGUGGGAGGAGAGAAAUGUUACAGCCAUCCAAGGGCCUGGUGGCAAGUGGAUGAUCCCUCCUGAUGCCAAAGAAUCGAUGGACAGGAACAAAAUUGGCCUAAAAGGCCCGUUGAAGACACCAAUAGCUGCUGGUCAUCCCUCUAUGAACCUGCUGCUAAGGAAAACCUUUGACCUCUAUGCCAAUGUGCGUCCUUGUGUGUCCAUUGAGGGCUACAAGACCCCCUACACUGAUGUGAAUCUGGUCACCAUCAGGGAGAACACUGAGGGGGAAUACAGUGGGAUUGAACAUGUGAUUGUGGAUGGAGUUGUACAGAGUAUUAAGCUGAUUACAGAGCAAGCCAGCCAGCGCAUUGCAGAAUAUGCUUUUGAAUAUGCCAGAAAUAAUCAGAGAGCCAGUGUCACUGCUGUUCAUAAGGCCAAUAUUAUGCGCAUGUCUGAUGGGCUUUUCCUACGAAAAUGCAGAGAGGCUGCUGAAAAGCACAAAGAUGUGAAAUUUACAGAGAUGUAUUUGGAUACUGUGUGCCUUAAUAUGGUACAGGAUCCAACACAGUUUGAUGUAUUAGUGAUGCCAAAUUUGUAUGGAGACAUUUUGAGUGAUCUUUGUGCCGGACUUAUUGGAGGUCUUGGAGUGACUCCUAGUGGAAACAUUGGUGCCAAUGGUGUUGCCAUCUUUGAGUCGGUUCAUGGAACUGCCCCAGAUAUAGCAGGAAAAGACAUGGCCAACCCCACUGCCUUGCUACUCAGUGCAGUCAUGAUGCUGCGGCACAUGGGCCUGCAUGGCUAUGCCAAGAAAAUUGAAACUGCCUGCUUUGACGUCAUCCGAGACAAAAAGGUUCUCACCAAAGACCUGGGAGGAAACUCAAAGUGUUCAGAAUUCACAGCAGCAAUAUGUCAACGAGUGCGGGAUCUGGACUAAAAUGAUGCUAUUUAGACCACAAGUUUAUUGUUAGCGUCUUUACUUAAUCAUGGCAUGCUGCACAUUAUAAACCAUAUUAUGUAUUUAAAAAAGACUCAGGAAUUAAAGAUCCUGAAUGUUUUAUUAUUUCCUCUGCACACUCCAAAGCACUGUCUUAAACUGUUGACCAACAGUUACUAUAUUAUGUGAUAUAUAUUUUAUUCCUGAACUGUUAAAUCUGUGGUGAAUAUUGUCUAUUUAUUGGCUUUAAUUGGCCUCUUGUCUAAUGUAGUUGACACUGUUAUUUUGACAAAAAAGAUGCUAACUGUAACCUCCAUUAUCACUGCUGAAACACUCAGAAAAACUCAACAUGUCAAACUCUUUAGAAAGUUACAUUUGUGGAUAUAAAAGUACAGAUAGACAUUUUAAUGAUUUAAACAUAAUCAGGCUUCUAUAACAUGAAACUUGCAGAUGUUUUGCACCAAGUCUUUUAUUUCAUGUCAUACUGUUUUUCUUGAUGCAAAUAUGAAUGUAUAAAGAAACAUGAAUAUUACAAAGA